AUGAUUCCAGUGGUUUGUGUGAUGGAGUGGAUCCUCCAUAGUAAGCAUUACUCAAAGGAAGUUAAAUGUUCUGUUGUGGUUGUGGUGAUAGGCGUGGGUGUUUGCACUGUCACUGAUGUCAAAAUUAAUGCCGAAGGUUUUUUAUGUGCUUGUGUCGUUGUUUUAGCCACAUCAUUGCAACAAAUUGUGUUCAUACUCCUUUCAUGCUCGUUGGUGGUUUUCUGCAACAUUAGUCGGUACCUAUGUAUCGGACAUUUCUCAGCAGUUUCAUUUCAGGUUUUAGGCCACAUGAAGACAGUAUGUGUCCUGAGCCUUGGGUGGUUCUUAUUUGAUUCAGAAUUGACUUUCAAGAAUAUUAUGAGGAUGCUGGUUGCAGUGGCAGGGAUGGUAAUUUAUAGCUGGGCAGUCGAUGCUGAAAACUCCUCCUCCAAGAUCACAACUCAUACUAAACACAGUUUGACUAAAGAUGAGCUCAAUUUACUCAAGGAAGGUUUAGAGGACAUCCCCAUUAAGGAUUAUGAGCUUGUUCAAUCUAAAUAG